GAAUGCGGAAGUACGCAUUGCCGCUCUCAUGUUGAUGUGAGCAUGAUGAUGGCUAGGAUAAACUCGGAACUUGAAACAAAUAUGAAUAGGUAUGCUGCAGAACAGGUAUUUUUGUGAAACUGAAUUCUCACCGCGGCGGAGGAAACCCUUUAGUAACACGCCAUGUCACAAAAGGACCUGAAGGAGGCGUUUGUCAGUAAUCUCAACGGGACCAGUCUCCAGGAAGUGGCGCUGGGUUCCCUCCUCUCUCCAGUGUGCUUCAUCAACAGAGGACUCAUCCUGAUCCUCUACUAUCAGGCCAAAGAGACCCUUCCACUGCCACUCCCCCUGUUGUCUCACCUGUUUCUAGACUUCUCCGUGCUCAUCCUUCCCCUCGUUCUGUCCUGCACCAUCCUGAGCAGCGUUCUCCAACACGUCAUCCCGAGCCUGCUCUUGGUUACACUUUGCGUGUCCUGCUACGUCCAUCUUAAAAACCAGCAUCGGCAGAGUACUGUCAGCAGUUUUCUUCAGAGUCAUGUCCAAUUCAAGCAGAUUCCCUUUGUCACGAUAUUCAGAGUGCUUGUAAAUGUCAAAACAGCCAUCAGCAUUCUUGCUGUAGACUUCAGUGUGUUUCCGAGACGCUAUGCUAAGACGGAAACCUACGGGACAGGUGUGAUGGACUUUGGUGUGGGGGCGUAUGUUUUUGCCAACGCUCUUGUUUGUCCGGAGGCUCGGGGAAAGAGCUUCUCAACAUCCAGGGUGAAUCACAUCAAAAAGCAGCUCCUCUCUGUGUGGCCCCUGCUCGCUCUCGGUAUGGGACGGCUGGUUAGCGUCAAAAUGACCGGCUACCACGAGCAUGUGACAGAAUACGGCGUCCACUGGAAUUUCUUCUUCACACUCGCCAUCGUCAGAGUUGUUGCUUCUUUGCUGUUGGCCGUUCUGCCAGCCAAUCGGUCGUGGGCGUAUGCAGUUAUGAUCAGUGGACUUUAUCAGCUUGCUUUGGAGAAAACGGAGCUGAAGGCGUUCAUUCUCCACAACAACGACCGAGAAAAAGACUUUCUGCAUGCUAACAAGGAGGGCAUUUUCUCCGUCGUGGGCUAUGUAGCGCUCUACCUGGCAGGAGUUCAGGUUGGACUCUACGUCAUGCAGCCGAGAUCCCUGGUUCGACAGUGGCUUAAAGUACUCUUCAACCUCUCAUUUGUGUCUCUUGCCCUGUUCGCUGCUCUGUGGGUGUGUCAGACCCUCACAGAGCCAGUGUCUCGCUGCUUAGCUAAUUUAUCUUUCUGCAUCUGGAGCGUUGCCCAGUCGCUGUUGUUUCUGUGCUGCAUCGGUUUCGCUGAUAUGGUGUUACUGUUUUCCAAAAAGACGUCGGGCUGUCAUCUGGUCCCCUCGUCGUGGAGUUUGUGUAAAAAACAAUCGGACUCUGACCAAAAGACGGACGACAUGGACGGACUGUGCCUCGUCCAAGCUGUCAGCAGGAAUCAGCUGUUGUUUUUCUUGCUCGCUAAUGUCAUGACAGGAAUGACCAACUCUGUGGUGGACACCCUGAGCUGCAGCAGUUUGUUGUCAGUGUGUGUUUUAGUGUUGUACAUGUUCAUGAAUUGCUUUGUGAUUUAUCUCUUACACGUUUGUGGAAUCACAAUUAAAUUCUGGUGAGGUUGAGUUUGUAAAACUGCGAGAUGAAUCCGUAUCAUGGGGCUGGAAUUAAAUGUUAAAAUACUCUUACUAUUAUUUCAAUCAGCAGAGAUGUGAAUAAAGAAAAUGAUUUUUUUUUACGAUAACAUGGAAAUGUGACUUGAGAGAAAGACUUUGCUGCUUGGACCCUGUGGACUCUAUGAUUCUUAGCAUUAACAGAAUAAAUCCUCCCCAUGGAGUCCAGACCCUGGUGCUGGUGGAUCUGCUGACUAGUUGAGACCGAAUGGUUGAAGAAUUGAUGGAUGAUGAUUCUGUGAUGGCGAGGUGGAGGGGCGUAUGAAACAUCUGCACGAAGGAACUGUAAAGGCAGAGGAGGAAUCAUAUUUGAAUAGGGGAGCAGAACAAUGAUAGGCUGACAACGAGGGUGGAACGCCAUGCGAUUGAUUAGAUGAGCACAGAUGACCAGACCGCUAAUUAACCAAUGACAGCCCCAGAAAAUGACAGUGUGAGAGAAUGACAGUGAGAGUGCGAGAGAGGGAUGAAAGAGAGAUGGACCCGACCAUUAAGGCAAAUACAAAAUCUUCCUGACUGAUCAUAGAGCUUCAUUCAUAAAAGAGUCAUCUGAGUUGCUGAAUAUUUACUGUGUGUGCUUUGUUUAUAUGUGCAAAUGAAAGUUCUUAUUCCCUCUGUGUUGUGAGCAGAGAGUCUAGCAUUUAAACGCAAACAAUAUUCCUCUGCAUUAUUGUCCUUUGACCUAAAGCACCAUCUUUACUAUCGGACUGCAUCUGAUUGGGACAACUUUAAAGGUCUUUGUAGGAGCGCUGGAUAGCCUAGCGGUUAUGUCGUGCGCACCAUGUACAGAGACUAUAGUCGUCGUUGCAACGGCCGUGGGUUUGAAUCUGACCUCGGCCCCUCAGCUGUGUGUCAUCCACCCACUCUCUCUCCUCCCAACAUUUCCUGUCUCUCCUCAGCUGUCCUCUCUAAUAAAGGCAAAAAAGCCCCAAAAAGUGACUUUAAAAAAAGUUCUUUGUUGUGGUGAUUAGACUAAUCCAUACAUAAUACAUCCACUAGUGUAUCAUUUGAUUGCAUUUAAAUUGUAAAGGAUGUUUAAGUUAAACUGAAAUCUAAACAAUUAUUUUGGCAUAUGAGUACAUAUUGGACAAGAGGAAGGUCUGUAGAAGCAGAGUAGGGUUAGCAGGCACAAUUUCACCAACUACUAAGGUGUAUGAAGAGUGAAAGGGUUGAAGAGGUCAAAAAGCUCCAGCAGCACUUGUAGAACGAAGAUCAACUUUAUUAACUUUCUUGCGUUUCAGCGUGUGGCCUUCAUCAGGGUCAUAGUCUGUUUUUCCGCUCACACCAAAGAGAGCUGAUUUGUCUAGACUCUAAUUUAUACAACAGGAAAUGUUCUCUUUAAGACGUUAAAACAUGCUCUUCAUUCAACUGAUGUAACCUGUCAGUGGCUAUCACCUUUCUUUCAUGGACUCAAACAGGUGCGUCUCAAAAUAUUCUACGGAUGGAUGUCAAUGUUUUUAGAACGACUGCUUGAGCUACUAAAUCCCAGGUUUGACUCAGAGUGCUAAUUUAAUUUUAAUUUGUUUUGUAAAUUGUGCUUUGUCUCUUUUAUGUCUCUGUGUGUAACUUUGUGCUUUUGCUGCUGGCUGUAUUGGCCAGGUCUCCCUUGGAAAAAAAAAAGUUCUUAAUCUCGACGGGACCAACCUGGUGAAAUAAAUCUUAAAUAAAUAAAUAAAAUAAAACACGGAUCACUUUAUGUAAAA